AUGCGGCUUGUGGCCAAGUACUUCUCGAACAUUCGCACGUACGAGGCACGAAUGAACGGGAUGAACGCAGUCGACAUGGCCGCUGCGGCCGGUAUCCGUGUCGCGGUUGGCGUGCAGCUCAACAAUCCCGCGUUGAUUGAUGGCGAGAUUCAGGCAGUGUGCGACGGCUACGCCCGGAACCACUGGGCUAUUGAGACAGUCUACGUUGGCAGCGAGAACCUCCGGAACAACGGAUUUGGCCAGUACUCGGCGGACGAGCUCCGCAUCAACGAGUGGCUGAGCGCCGACGGUGCGUCGAAACUCGCGAACGCAGUGGACAACAUCGGCGUCACCAUCUACCCGUUCUUCACGCCCGGCGGGCAGCCGUCGGUACAGAAGCUGCAGGCGCAAUGGGACCAGAUGAUGGGCAAGUUUGGUCCGGACAAACUGUACCUGACCGAGACGGGCUGGCCGUACGCGGGCGAGAGCUUCGCCGGCAAUCAGCCGUCGCGCGAAGGCACGCAGCAGUACCUGAACGACUACGUCGCGUGGUCGCGCGACAAGGGCCGGUCGUACUGGUUCAUGAUGUACGACACGACGGCGAGUUACACGGGGGCGCAGCGCGAGAAGCACUUUGGGCUCUUUGACAAUGACAUGUCGCCCAACGUGAACAUCCCGACACUUUAG